AUGAAGUUUGUGCUCGUCGCCACGGCUUUCGCCGCUCUGGCCCUCGCGGCUCCCGCGCCGGGCAGCCCUAUCCCUGAUGCAGAGGACGCGGCCAUCAUCCCUUCCGAGUCCAGUCUGGAAGGCCUGAGCCUCGCGGAAAAGCAGCCCGAGGAGCCGAAGAAAAUCAAGGGGUUCCCCAGGGACAACAGCUUUGCCGAGCACUGCAAGGGACUGACGCUGGACACCACGCUCGCCGGAGUCGCCAAGAGCACCUGUGAUGGCGAGGUCAAGGAGCUCAGUCUCGACCGCUGCGUCAACAACGUCGAUGGAACGCUGGUGCAUGACCUCAAUGGGCGAUUCUCGGCGUCCUGCCCCAAGAAAUGGGUCAACCUCGAUGGCACGGUGCUGAACGCCAAAUGCGCAAGAAUUCGAACGGAGAACGGGAAGUCGGUGUACAAGAGAACCUCGAUCGAUCUCAAGGACUACCUCUCCUUCUACAAGGGCGCUCUGCACUGCAACUGA